AUGCCGCGCGAACCGCGGGAGGUACAUCAUGUUGACGACUUUGGACGACUGGCGGCCGAAAACGACUCGAAUAACGUCGCCAGCCAGCUGAGCUUUUGCCCGGAUGACGCCGGUGACGUCGCCUGCGACGCAUCCGCGUCGACGAGCGACGUCGAGGCGGGCGUGCGAGUUCGCACGGUAGAUUACAACGCGCAGCGGGAGACGGACUAUGUGAUCGUUGUUCACGGCACGUUCGACGCGCCGCCCGCGGACGGCUCGCGCACGUGGUACCAGCCGCCCGCGCCCGGGGAGCAGAACUUCUGCGCCAAGAUGGGCGCGCUGCUGGCGCGCGGACCCAUCGGCGCGGGGAGCGUCUGGCGGGAAAUUCCGCGCGCGACGGAAUCGCAAGGGGCAGCGUCGCAGGGAGGUGCAUCGCAGAGGGGGUCGCAGUCGCAGGGAGAUGCAGUGUCGCAGGAGGGGGGGCAAUCAUGGCAGCGCAUGAUGGACGGCGACGUGCCUUACCCGUUCUUCUGGGAUGGCAGCAACACGCACGAGGGGCGGUUGAAUGCUGCAGAAAAGCUGGCGCGGCUGUUCGACCUGAUAGCCCACAGGGACCCAUCGGCACGCGUCCACGUGAUCUCUCACUCCCAUGGAGGCAACGUGCUGCUUAAAGCCAUUGAGCUUUACAUGAAGAGACUCCCUACAGUGUCUCUCUCCACGCUGCAUCCGGCCAUCAGGAAGCGGUUCUGGGCGGCAUACAGGCGCGGAUUUGAUAUGGUGAAGGGGUGGCGUCAGGUGGACCGACCUUCUGGAUGGCGCCGGUUCUUUCCGUCCCUUGUUGCUAUGCGGAGCAUGACAGGCGGAAAGCUAUCCCACGGCACUAAAGAGCAGUACCCCUGGGGGCGCUACCGCUGGCUAGACUCCCUCCUGGGCCUGCCUGUGAAGCGGCAGCGCCUGUUCCUCUCCCACCGCCUCGCCACCUCCCCUCUCUCCAACGCCCUGGGCUGCCUCGUGUUCCUGGGCACUCCCUUCUAUGUCAAGAAGUGGGAGCGCAAUGGUGUGCGCUGGCUCGUGCUUAUGACACUGGCGAGCGUGGUGCUGAUGCUGGUGGUGAUGUGGGGUUACGUCAUGCUCAUUGGUUACAUUAUUCGCAGCAUUGUCGGGCAUGAGAAACUCGCAUUCCCCUACUUCACGCCGUUCAUUGCCUCGGCCCUCAUCCUCGUGUUUGCAACCAUCAGCAUCAGCAUCGAGGUGUCCCGCAGCACAGCAUUCUACAGCGGAAACAUCUACCACUCGCCCGACUUUGAUUGGUCGCACGCCAUGUCAGCAUUGGUUGUCCACGCUGGCAAGCUGGAUGAGGCCAGCAUGGCACUCAGUUCCGAGCCUAUCGCCCGAGCCUAUGUCUUCCCGCACCUGGAGAACAUGCUGAAGCUGCCCUUCUGGAAGCCCCUCCCCCAGUUCCCACCUCACGACGCCGUGCCUCUAGACUGGCUCCUCUACUUCGCCUCCUUCGGCCGCAUUCUCCUCUGGAACAUCAUCUUCAUCCUCCCCGCACUCCUCAUCUCGUUACUGUCACACGUCGUGGCGCCGCUGGUGAUAGGCGCGGUGAGGAACGUGAUUGUGGUGAUCAGCUUCGGGCUCGCGCAGAACGAGCUCAGCUUCGCUCAUGUCUUCAUGGACGAGAUUCUCGACCUGGGGCUCUCCUCCCAGCACGUGGAGCACUGGAAUGUUCAGAAACUGCUUGCUCUGGCCAAGACGCAGUCGCUGCAGGGCGAGCUGAUGGCGGGGUAUGAGGAUGACACCUGUGACAUGGGGGAGGUGGUAUUUGAGGAAGGGCUACUAGAAAAGGGAUUACUCGGGAAGGGGUUACUUGGGAAGGGGGCGCCUGGAGAGGGAAAAGUGGGGAUGAAGGGUAAGAGUGAGGGAAAGGGUAAGGGGGUUGAACGGGAUGGGGAGGGGGAAGGCUGGGUGAAUGGGCGAGGGGUGCAGCAGGGAGGGUCUGGAGUGGUUGGAGUAGGUGGGGAGGGUGAAAGCGGAGGAUCUUCCUCUGAUCCCUCCCGCACUCACAACACCAACUCGUGGCCGCAAGGGGAAGGCCAACGCGGAGGAGGUGGGACGAACGAGGCUGAUGGUAAUGUGGGGAAGCAUGGGGUUGUUGAAAUGUCAGGAGGUGGGACGGAAAAGGUGAGAGACGGCGAGAUGGAGGUGGGGGGGAAGAUGCACGGGGAGGAGCAACUACUGUACGAGUAUUUAUGGGACGAUAAGGAGCUGGAUGAGGCUGCUGCUAAGUGCCUCACUUACAGCUGUCUCGAGCCGGAAAUCAACAAGAUGUGGAAAAACCCCCGGCUUACCCCCCAGCAGUUUGUUCGGCAGAUUAAGGAGCUAUGUGUCAUGAUUGAGGACCGGUUUAAAGAGCUCACAGGUAAGUUUGACCUGAACCAUGGGGCCGGCAAUUCGCAACGCUGGAGGUGUGAGGCAAGCACCAGCGGAAGCGCUAAACCGGAAAUCCCGGAGAAAGAGAACCAAACCGCAGAGCCCGCCGCGUCCAACGGUUCGGCGUCCUCUGGUUCAACUAAGCCCAAGCUGAUCGCAUACGACUACGGCUUUCAGUCCAAGUUUCUCCGCUCGGGGCCCAACGUCCCUGGUAACGUCUUCAAGCUCGCGUUCGAGAAUUUCGCCCGCGAGUACGCGGCCCUUCGUAGUAACGUUCUCUACGAGGAGCUCAGCGAUGUGCGAACCGACAACAUCAAGAGAGAUGGAAGGCAGCUCGCACUCGCGUACGCGGGUCGCUUCCUCGUUUCAACGCUCAAGUUCUUUGACAAGCUUCUAACGCUCUACGACGGUCUUCCCGAGAUCAAGCCCCCCCCUGCCAUGCCCGAGGAGAGUGAGGUACUGCGGAAAAAGCUACUGCAGCUGACGCUGAGCAACGAGGCGGUGGCUAAGAGGGAGGAGGACCGGCCCCAGGUGGAGGCACCUGGAUGGAUCCUGCUUCCCUACAAGCUGCUGUGCUGGAUGCUCGAUGUGAUCUUCUACAACCGCCCCAUCCAACGGUUCUGGUUCCUCGAGACGGUUGCACGCAUGCCCUACUUCUCAUACAUCUCCAUGCUUCACCUCUACGAGACUCUGGGAUGGUGGAGGAUCGGAGCCGAGGUUCGGAAGGUUCACUUUGCGGAGGAGUGGAACGAGAUGAACCACCUGAAGAUCAUGGAGUCUCUCGGCGGUGACCGGCUCUGGGUGGACCGCUUCUUUGCCCAGCACGCCGCGAUCCUCUACUAUUGGGUCCUAAACUUUAUGUUCUUAAUCUCCCCACGUACCGCGUAUAACUUCUCGGAGCUCAUCGAGGCGCAUGCGGUGGACACGUAUGGCGAGUUUGUGGAUGAGAAUGAGGAGCUGCUGAAAACUCUUCCGCCCUCCCCAGCAGCUAUUGCUUACUACAACAGUGACGACCUGUACAUGUUCGACGAAUUUCAGACGUCACGAGUACCCGAGUCCCGGCGACCCAAGAUUGAGAGUCUGUACGAUGUCUUCUGUGCCAUCAGGGACGACGAGAUGGAGCAUGUGAAGACAAUGUCUGCCUGCCAGCAGCUCGACUCUGUCGUCCGCUCGCCCAACCGCCCAGGCUACGCCCCCCUGCCCUCCCCCGCUGACGUAUACUUUGAAGGCCUGGUGGUGAAAACCUCGUCCUCCACAUCAGCUCCGGGUGGUGUUAAGGUGACACCCUCAACGGCAGCGGCAUCAGCGUUCAGUGCAGCUGUUGGUGAAGCGAAGUUGCCCAACGAUGUUCUUCCUCAGGCGCUGAAGUCGCGAGGAGAGUCCCUGAAGUGA